AUGUCAUUCCCAGGGAAAAGGUCAUUGAGUCUGGAUCCAAAGACAGCAAACUUCAGCUUGACUCUGUCUCAUGACCUGAGAUCAGUAACAUGGACUGAACAGCAGCAGCCCUAUCCACCUCACCCAGAAAGAUUUAAACAUCAUCCCCAAGUCCUCUGCUCCCAGAGCUUCUCCUCAGGAUCCCAUUCCUGGGAUGUGGAGACUGCUGGUAAUAACUGGGGAAUGGGGAUUGUGUGCAGGAAUGCUAUCAGACAGGGACUAAAUGCAUAUCUUGGCAACAGCACUAAAUCAUGGUGUUUGAUCUUUUACGCUGGUACUUUUCUCAGAGCCUGUCACAACAACAAGCCCAUAUUCCUCCGAAAAUUUCCAUUAAAUAGCAGGGUCCGAGUCCAGUUGGACUAUGAGGCUGGGACUGUCUCAUUUCACCAGAUUACUGAAUCACUGACACAUUUACACACAUUUCAAACCACAUUCACUGAACCUGUGUUUCCAGCAUUUUGGAUCAGUUCUGGGACCUCUGCU